AUGGCGGUAGCCAACUUGGGUUUGAGCUGUCCUAAAGGUGGCGACUUUUACAUCUGCGAAGAUAGCAAAGUCGAGUUCCUAGGCUGUUGUGCGACAAACCCCUGCGCCGACGGCAGCGGGAAGUGUCCGACAAAGGACAGGAGGAUAUCGGCCUUCAACCCGGACCGCUACGCAAACAUACCAGCCCAGGGUUGCGACGACGCCAGGCCGCCGAGCGAGAUCUUCUGGACGUGCACAAACGAUAUCUCCUUCAUCGGGUGCUGCGCGACGAACCCGUGCCAGGAGCCGGACGGGUUAUGCCCGCAAACGAAUCUUAUAUCGGCGACGCUGAGUUCGAAUGCGAGCUCGAGGGCCGUGUUCCUCCCGGAUGAGUCCGUGACAUCCACGCCGUCGGCAUCAUCAUCGGCGACGGCCACACCGACUCCGAGUGGGUCUCCUUCCGGAGGUGGUGGUGGAGGUUUGGGGACGGGAGCCAUUGUUGGCAUUGCGAUUGGCGCGGCAGUAGCUGUUGGCAUCGUUGUGGCGAUCAUAUGGAGAUGUGGUUGGCACGCCAGGAAGCGCAACGAGAGGCGUGAACCGCCGGCGUGGGAGUCUGCUGUACAGAGUCCUCAUCCGAGCCAACACCCUGAGAUGGGAUAUGUGCCACACAGCAGUCCUGGCCCCUACGAUCCCGCAUAUGCAUCGUAUGCGACAACAGCCGUCCCCGAGUCUCAUGCCCCUUCAUCACCUCCGCCGCACUCACCAUACUACUCCAUGAAGCAUCCUAGCUCACCCAUGAGCAUGGACCCGCGCCAUAUGUCAACCUACUCGGACAGCAAUGUGAGCUCUCUCAGCGGCCACCCUACGGGUCCGCGGCAUCUUCCAUCAUACUCUGCCCUUGGGAGCGAUUUGCACCCGGUCAGCGAGCUGGAUAGCACGGAGCGGGAGGUGCCAAGGGCAGAACUGGGCGACGGAGCUCCGACGGCCACGAAGUGA